UUUGAAGUAAUUUUUUCAAACUGUCACCUAUUUAUUGUAAUAUCAUGUUUUGCUUUGUGUUUCCCACCUGUUGACUUGCGGUAUCUUCAAGACCUAGGGUCUUAUCUCUAUAAUAUGGUGGUAGUAGAAUGUAUGUGUUCUAGAGUCAGGCUGACCUGUGUUCAGAUCCUGCCUCUUCACUUACUAGCCAAGUGACUUUGGAUGCGUUGCUUAUCCCGUCUGAACUUUUGUUUCUUCAGCAGUAAAGUAGGGUGGUCAUAUUAUCUAUCAUAGGAUUAUUGUGACAGUGAAAUGCAAAAGGGUUAACACUUUUUAAAAAGGUACUGCAUCAUUAUAUUCUUGUCAGGUGCUCUUGAUGAAAAAUUGCCCUAUAUGUGACAACGUGGUAUGUUUCUCCAUAGGUGAAAGCAACAAACAUAAUAAAAAAAAGCAACAUCUGAUACAGAAAUGAGUUGCAUCUAAGAUAAAGUUCAUAAAACUAGGUAGUUUCCAUUUGAUUUUUUGCUUCUGAACAAGAUGCAAACAUAUCUACCUCAUUAUUGGAGGGCAUGUGUUUUUCCACUAGCUCAGUGGAACUGAAUUCCCAGCACAUGUUGUAUGAGCCUGCACAACUUAAGAUAAAAAUAAUCACAGAACUCCAUCAAGUUCUUAGAUCCAAACUUCCUUGCCUCUCAGAUGGCAGGUGCAUUACUGGCCUUGGGUCUUAUUAUAUUUUGUUUGUUCCUCUUGUCCUGACUUCAACUUCGUACCUAUUUUCAGUUUUGCUCCCAGUCACGGUCAUGGGCCUUGGCUUAUUCUGCUCCUAGAUGUAUUAGGCUCCUUUCCUGCAUUAGUCUUCCUUUUCACACUCUCAGCAAGUCCCCUUGCCUAGUUUCCAAAUUCACAGGGAGGCAGAAGUAGCAGGUGGCUGAAGGAACACUGGGAAGGUGGAAUGGGGGGCUGAGGAAAAGAGGGAGGGCCUUGUGUCCAGUGCCUGUUCACCAUAUGUGGUUCUCAGCUCUUCAGCAAAAGCUUUGGGGAAACGGGAGAUGUGGCCUGUAAUCCUAAAAAGAAUGUGUUUUUUUCUUUUUCAGUCCUUACUUAAACUAGAUUGUUUUUCAACUCUGAUCUGUCCCUUGGUUGGCAUCACUCACCGUCAAAUAUCUAUAGGGAAGAAAUUUUGGACAAGGAUUCCAGUCUGUUUAUAGCAGACAUAAUUAGGAGGAAGUCCCAGAAGCAGUAAAGGUCAGUGGCUGCACCAGGAUGAAAAUUGUUUUGGUUUAAGGGUGAUGUCAUCUCUAAGCAAAGUGAAAUGAGCCAGAAGGCAAAUGAGAAUGUAGACAGCAAUGCCCAAUUCCUUUUACAGCCCCAGAAACCCAUUUAGCCUUACCUCUGCUUGACUCUGAAUGAUUUUCAAGAAGAGAGAAACUUUUUGGCAAACUACAUCUUCCCUCAGCUGAAUGAACUCUGCAAUUCCCGGGGCACGUACUUCAAAGCUGUGGACCUGAGGUGGUCAGCGUUGAAGGCCCAGGCACCCUUACCCUCCAGCCUGUUUAGACAUCAUUUUCAUCUCCACUUGCAACAUCUGAAGCUCUGUCUCGACUACAUGAACAGCUGCUUUCCCUUUUUUAUCUACUUGCUGGGUCAGACAUAUGGGGACUUUGUCCCUGACUACUCACCAGUCCUGUUCUCCGAGGCAACUGACUUGUCAACUUUAUCCAUAGUGGAACAGAAUCUCUAUGUUGCUGCAAAAAACAGUUAUCCCUGGGUCCUGGAGAAUGCUGACUGCAGUCUGAUGGAAUUAGAGAUCAUCCAAGCAGCAUUUCUGAAUGAGUCUCAAUUUCAGUAUUUUUACUGUAAGACAGAAAUCAUGCUGCUGAAGACUUUGGAUGAGGAAAAGAAGGAGAUAAUAUCCUCAGGUUUUCUGACAAACGACGAGUUAAAAUUAAAGAUGGGGAAGCUUAAGGCCAAGAUUAUUAGCAAAGGGCUCCCUGUCAGAUUUUAUAGAGAUCUCCAUGAGUUGGGUGAGCUGGCUCUCCAGAACUGGUCGGUUGUGAUAGAAACACUUUCACCAGCCACUUUACUGAUGGAAAAUAUAGACCACAAGCACAACUUUGAACGUUUUUAUCAUGAAGAGUUCACUGAAAAUAUAAGGAUGUUUAUUUCCAAGGAGUCAAAUAGAACCUUUGAAAUCUUGGAAAGAUUUGCCUUAAAGGAUGUGAAAUUUGAUGUUAACAACACCGCAGCAGGUUCCAGGUUAGACUGUGUUCCUUUAUUUUUCAGAAUAAAUCCUCUUCCAACUUACAAGUCUAUUCUGCUCUUAUCUGGGGAACGUGGUUGUGGGAAGUCCACUCUGAUUGCCAGCUGGGUGAGCUAUUUCAGAAAGAAACAUCUGAACAUGUUGAUGAUCCCUCAUUUUGUGGGCAGCACCUGUGAGAGCAGUGACAUUAUGUCCAUGAUACAUUACUUCACCACAGAAUUACAGUCCAGAAACUAUGGUACUCAGCUUGAAACUGGUAUUCUUGACGAAGACUCAAAUGUCUUGGCCUUUUCACUUCUUGUAGAAGUGUUCAUUGCUUCCAGCAGUUUAAAGCCAUGUAUACGCCUAGAUGAAACUGAAGAAUUGGUUGGCAUUUAUGGGAUUUCAGGACAGAAGGCAAGAGACUUUCGGCUGCCAGGCUCGCUGUCUCCUCGUUGCAAAUUUAUCAUGAGCACCAUCUCCUCCAGCCGGUCCUACAAGUUGCUGUGUGCCUGCCCCGAUGUGAGGAUGGUGGAACUCGUUAGCACCAGAGAUGAAGAGGUGAAACUAUACAUCUUUAGACAGUACCUCUCCUUCCCCCACAAAGAUCCCUUCCAACAGAGCAGACAUACUUUGAGGAAAAAAACAAACUUGAGUCCUUUAAAACUCACAUUCUUGGCAAACGAAUUGAGAGAAUGCAGAAUCUACCGAAACGAGUUUCAGUGUCUGAAGCAGUACUUGGGAGUGGCCUCUGUUCAGGAGCUCUGGGAACUGAUUCUGAAACGCUGGAUUGAAGACUAUAGUUGGACUUUUAAAAAAAAAAAGGCAAAUUCAGACACUGUGGCUUCAGAAGAAGGAGAGCUGCCCUCUUCACUAAGAGGUCUGGGCAAAUGCCGCCACUCCUCUGAGUCAAUUCAGCAGAAUUUACUGAGUGCCUGCGUUGUACCAGGCAUGGUGCUGGAUGCCAAGGAUAGAGCGAUGGGUAGGACAAAUGUGGUUCCUGCCUGCGUGGAGCGUAUGAGUCAGUCCAUGACGGAAGUGCUUUUCAAAGUCCAGAAUGCAGUCGGAGAGCUCCGUCUUGAGAUAGGGAUGACUCAGGAAGGGCUCCAGUAUUUCCAGAGAGCAUGGUCAAACCUGAUGGAAUUUUCACCCAGCGACUUAAAAGACAGCCAGGCCUUAGUGAAGCAAAAAGGCAGAGUGCUGAGCAACCUGGCCACGUCAGCAUCUGGUGAGUACUUGAAAGAAAGUCACCUUUUACCAAGUGCUGCUGAGAUGUCCAGCUUACUGGACAACAACCUUUGCAACCAGGCUACCAUGAAAUACACGGAAGGUGUUCUGAUUUGGCAACUUUUGAUCUUUUUCAGCCUCCUAAGGGAAAUUGAGCGGAUCUGGGGUAGGAGAUGUUGGCCUCAAUUCAUGAACCAGCAAUAUUCUGAGGGUCUUAGGAAUGGUGCCUCAUUAUGGGAGCACUUACUUAAAUUAAACUACCAUAGCGCUCAGAAUUCUAACACAGUGAGCUCUGCAAUGUGCACAGAUGCAGAUAAGCUGCAGGGAGCUAAAAGGCUUCAUACAAUUUCAGAUAAAUCAAAAUGUGCGUCUGGAAGAGGGAAAAAGGUCUUGAGACCCAUUAUUUCCAUUUUUGCUGAGGAAAAGACCCGACAGAAGAGACAAAGUAAUGUUAAAAUACGGAAUAACCCAGAAAAAGAAGCAACAAAGAAAAAGAAAGAUUAUUCCUCUUAGAUUUUAUCUUUGGGUAAAACGGACGGCAUAGUAAAGCUUUCAUGGCAAAGGAUUUUGUCAGCUAAAAGUGGAAGUGAAAAAGGCCAAAUUACCACAAUUUACCAGCAUCUCCUGCUAGAGUCUCUUAGCACAAAUAACCCCGGGAAUGUAUCUGAGAUCAUCGCAGAAAAGUGGCUUUUUCAUAGCCUAGAUUACAGUUCAAUUUCUCAGAAGUGUUUUUCUCAGAGAAGAUCUCAGUUUGAAACAAAACUGAUGAAGACCUCAAAUGAUACUAAGAAAGAAUAA